AUGGUGUGUGCAACCGUGGCACGAUAAAAGGUGGUCAGGCACGCUCGGCUCUGGACUGAUCACUCACGCAUCACACAAUCGCAGUCACGAGUGGACGACGCGGCUCUCGCGAGGGAGAGCAUCCCCUCGAAACGGCUCUGUGAUCUCACUUUCAUCUCCUGUGAUCAUACUUUGCGAGUCAGCUUCUUGCACGGAAAAGCAACAGUCGCUUACCUCAAUUAACAAGCUUUCCAGAAGGACAAGGUCACAGCACGCCCAAUUCAUCUUCCCUUCUUCACAUUACUCUCGAGGCAUCAGCACACCAUUUGCUGGAAGUCUUGUCCGCGAUCGGGAAGGGCAAGGCGAUCGAUCAUCGGGGAUACAAGCGCAAUCCAUCACGCGCGAGCAAGGCGGACUUUUCAAGAAUGACCUUUACCAGCCCUUGCAAGAGGCGGCGGAGGAGGAGAAGAGCCGAGGAACAUGAGCUAGCGACGUGUUCCAGACAUUGCAGCUUCCACAGGGCGCUCUACUCAUCCUAUCGGCCCAGCGCUCUCGACGAGGUUUCGCCACACGCACCUCAGCAUCUAACGAACAGCAGCAAUGCAUGCACUGGUGAUGCCUUCUGUUUGCGGUCUAAAGAGCUCACAAGCGGCCGGAGAAAGCUAAACAGACCCGAGGCGAAGCAGCGACACCUCAGGCUCUUUCGGCCGCUUCUGCUGGCGUUCUGCGCGAUCUCAGCUGCAAACGGUUUCACCAUCACAUGGCCUGCUGCGUUUGUGCAGUGCGAGCCUGCCUCUAUUGGCAUAGCUACUGAUGGACUGGCCAACGUGCUCGGCAUAGACAUCACAGUCAGAAAAGGACGUGAGUGACGCGAGAAUGUGCGGCGCGGCAAUAGCAUCACCACUUGUUCGGACAUAGCAGGCUUGCCAAUCAGUUUCCAAGUCGUCAUCAGCUGACUUGCUUUGCGAUGCGGGCGCAAUAUGCUGCUGACGCUCGCUCUCCGCCAUUUGCGCAGCGCGCUUGGACAGGAUAUUUAUAGAGGAGCCGAUAUCCCCUACUGCGACCAUUUGGAAUUGGACUGCAGUGGACGUCCAAGCUGGCACACCGCUCGUCUUGUCCGUGCUCGCCUAUGGCGCUGACAAUGCGACCAUCGGUGCGGCGCUCACCCACGCUCUCGUCCGUCUGCCGGACAAUGGUCCAGCACAGACCGAGUGUCUGCAGAAGAAGCGCAAAGAUGAGGACACGAAUCGCAAGGGCAUAGGUCUGGAAUUGCCUCUGAUCGCAGGCAUCUUGGGUGGCAUUCUGCUUACGCUCCUCGUCUUGAUAGUGUUCAUGUGCUUGAGAAGACGUAGGGAACGGGCGAGGGAAGAUGCUGGCAGUCUGCAAGGACAUGGUCGGACCAGUCUGCUCCUCAAUGGCGCCGAGCCUGGCUCGGGAGGGUCGACUGCCGGUUGGGGUUACAUGGCUGCUGUCGUCCCUGGCCUUGCGCCUCGUCCUGCCUUAUCUCCUAGUCAAGUGCAGGCGAACCGCAACAAUCCUCAAAGACUGCCUCAUCGUUGGGCACGCAGGACGCACCGAGCCGAUGAUGGUGGAGAUGGCGAGCUUCCAAGCUAUGGCAGAAGUCAGUGGGAAAAGGCAAAACUGCCCAAAUACGACCAUGGCAACGCGCAGCCGGAAGAGGGCCAUGCAGCCAUGGGCUGCGAUCACGAAGCUAUCAUGAUGAUGCCGCUAGCUAAUCAUACCGCUCAUCAACGUCCCUACGGCGUCGAUGAGAACGCCGAAGCCUUCGACAAUUCCACAGCUGAGCUGAACCCCGAGCAUUCGGAUCAGACCGAUGAGCAGGACAAUGCCGGCGGCAUAGGCACGGGGACGGCGAUCGGUUCGGGUAUUUCCAACGUGCACAGGAGAUCCCGAUCCGGAGCCGCGCGUCCGCCCGCUGUUCGAUACAACGCUUCGCGAAGUCCCCCACAGACUGCAGAGACUUUUGCUUCGGCCACCUCGCAGGAUGGCUACGACGACGCUUACGACCAUCACCCGGCUUUUCGGCAGGCUGCUGGUGCAGAUGGCUCACCUGACCGGUCAAAUUCGCAAGUCCUGCAUUCCACCCCUCGAAGCCACCGAGCCUUUUAG